AGGUAUGCGUCCGGAUCAGGCCUCGUCUUGGUACCGGCGUUCUUCCGUGGUCUAUGCCGUGGGCACUUGGACAUUGUUGGGAUCCUUGUAUUUCUUCAACCGCAAACAGGCUAAGCUGCCAGUUGCAGGAGAGCAGAUAAGUGCUAUUGGACAGGGCCUUUGUGUCUUACUGGGCAUUUCUCUGGAAGAUACGCAGAAGGAGCUGGAACACAUGGUUCGAAAGAUUUUAAACCUUCGUGUAUUUGAGGAUGAGAGCGGGAAACACUGGUCCAAGAGUGUGAUGGACAAACAGUAUGAGGUACUGUGUGUCAGCCAAUUCACCUUGCAGUGUGUCCUCAAGGGGAAUAAGCCCGACUUCCACCUGGCAAUGCCAACGGAGCAGGCAGAAAGCUUCUACAAUAGCUUCUUGGAGCAGCUGCGGAAGACGUACAAGCCAGAGUUCAUCAAAGAUGGCAAGUUUGGGGCUUACAUGCAAGUCCACAUUCAGAACGAUGGGCCUGUGACUAUUGAACUGGAAUCUCCAGCUCCUGGAGCUACUACUUCGGACCCCAAGCAGCUAUCAAAGCUUGAAAAACAACAGCAGAGGAAAGAAAAGACCAGGGCCAAAGGGCCUUCUGAAUCCAGCAAAGAGAGAAAUGUUUCUCGGAAAGAAGACCGUAGUGCCAGUAGCGGUGCCGAAGGCGAUGUGUCUUCUGAGAGGGAACCAUAGGCUGAGCAACUGGAACUGAGUAUAUUAUCGUCGGACAGAACUGGAUCCUGAAAAUUUAUGAAAGAUGCUAAGCACCUACACUAUUUUAAGAUCUUGAAACAACAACAAGAAAAAAGAAACUGGAAACCUGAAUAGCCCUGCAAGGAAAGAGGAAGGAAACAUUCCCAUUUUCAUUCGUGACUGAUGUUAUAGUAUAAGUGGGACCAUCCAAAGGAAGGCAUAUGGCAGCAGGGGGUCUAACCAUGAUGUAGUCUUUAUUGGUUUUCAUAAUGUCUUAGUUUGCAUUUAAAAUAGAGUGACUCACUAUCAUUAGUCUUUGAGUCCUCUUUCCAUGCUGGUGUACAUUGACGAUGGCUUUCAAAUCCAUUUAUGAUCUCUAUAUUCUUUCCAACAUGGGCUAACCCAGAGACUAUUUUAAUUUAAAAGAGAAUAUGUCAUCAGUGAUAAUGACAUAUUAUUAUGUUAGAGACAUUGGCAUUGUAACUCUUAUCUUUCUUUUGAAAAAGAAAUAAUGAAAAUAAAACAGUAAAACUAAAAA